AUGACCGCGUCACUCGAACACAGACACACGACGUCGCACACGAUGCUCAGUCCCAAGGCCAAAGCGUUUUCCGUCGAGCAGCUACUACGACGACCACUGGAGGAGGAUGUGGCGAAGGAGAAAAAAUCAUCAGAUCUUUUUCACAUUCCACGUGGUGAUGAUCGAAUGGGGGAGGUCCGAGUGGAAUUGUGUCAUGGUGACCUGUGGGAAUCAUUCUACAGACUGGGAACAGAGAUGAUCAUCACUAAAAGCGGAAGACGGAUGUUUCCUCCGCUGAGGCUGCGUGUCCUGGGAACUGAACCCGGAGCCAGAUACACCAUCAGCCUCAACUUCGUCAACAUAAUCUGGCAAUCUUGUUUGAUUUUCAGCUCCAAAUGGAUUGUUUCUGGUAACGGAGAAGCUCUGGCGGACGGACACCGAUACGGACACCCAGACAGUCCGUUCAGCGGACACAGCUUAAUCAAUCAGAUCAUAUCGUUUGACAAAGUGAAGUUAACCAAUAACCAAAGUCGGAAACCAGGCCAGGUGCGGAAUUCAUUGAUGUGUAUGUCGUCAAUGCAGAGAUUUCAACCUCAGAUCCACGUGGAGAAGCUAGAGACAGAUAACUCUGUGAUUUCUCACACCGUGGUGUCGUUCCCACAGACGACGUUCAUGGCUGUGACAGCUUAUCAGAAUCAAGAGAUAACUCGAUUGAAGAUAGCCAAAAACCCAUUUGCGAAAGGAUUUAGGGAAGCAGGCAAGAACAGACAGUACGUUUGAAAAUAAUUUUAUUUAAUAAAAAAAAAAAUUAAUUCGAUAUUUUACACAGGGUUAAAAAAAAGUGUUUCUUUAACAUUACUUGAUUACUUUAGUUUAUAAAACACAAACGUUACUACCUGACUUCACUGUUGAUCGAUGAUGUUGUCUAUUCAUGUCUACAAUUACUCGUGAUUCAGGGCACCUGUACUUUAAAAAAUACUCAUACCUUAUUACUUUACAGUUUCAUCUUUCACUCACUCGGGCAUUAGUUUAUUUUCUAUAGAUUUCUCAUUUGUUGUAUAGCUAUUAACUAUCAUCUGUGAUGUAGUCACUGUCUUUAGAUCAGACGAAGUAAACGAGGUGUUGCCA